AUGUCCGGACCAUACUACCCUCCGGACUAUCAACACCAGCCUGGUGCUGGACAACCGGGUUACGGACAGGGAUACCCAGACCAGUAUCAACAUCAACAACAACCACAUCAAUAUCUCGACCCGUCGGCGCAAUACAAUCAUCCUCCCCCGCCACGGUCUGCAUCUGGAUCACCGUAUCCUCCUCCUUCGCAAGAAGGGUAUAGAUAUGGACAACACCCACAGCAGCAGCAGCAAGGUUAUGGGUAUGAUCAGAACCAUCAACAGCAGCCUUCGUAUGGCGCCAGUCAUCAAAACACCGGAACGGCGCAUGAGUACUAUAACGCGCAAGACAGCAGCCAAAAGGUCCCCCGCAUAGAGCACCAGAACUCCCCCGACAACGACCCUGAAAGUGGCGACCGCGGUCUAGCGGGUAGCCUCCUAGGUGGCGCCGCAGGCAUGUUUGCCGGGCGCAAAGCCAAUCACGGGAUACUAGGCACCGUCGGCGGCGCCAUAGUAGGCAGUAUGCUCGAGAACCAGGUGAAGAAAUACAGCCACAGUAGCGGAAAUGGAUCUUCUGAGCACGGAAGUAGUGGUGGUCUUGCUGGUAUCGGAUCAUCUGUGUUUGGGUAUGGUGGAUCGUCUGAUGCGGGCAGUGGGUAUGGGAGCCAUAAGAAGCAUAGACAUCAUGAGGGACGGCACCAUAGGCAUUCGUCGAGGUCGUCGCAUCGGUCGAGGGGGAAAAGUUCGUCGUCAAGUGAUAGUAGUGAUGACGAGAGAAAACAUGGAAGGAGGCAUGAGGAGAGAUAUUAA